AUGGAGGGGGCUACUGAAGAGAAAGGCGUCUGCUUUCAUGGUUGUGGUGCCGAUGGAACAGAGGGAUCCUGGCAAGCUUCUCAAGGAGACGAUGGACAGAAAUUUGAUGUUUUCUUAAGUUUUAGAGGGGCCGACACUCGCAAGGGAUUCAUUGGCCAUCUUUAUGAUGCCUUGGUAACAAGGGGCAUCUCUACUUUCAUAGAUAACGUGAAUUUGGAGAAAGGUGAAAGCGUGAAUAACUUUUCUGGGCUCAUCAUUCCUGUAUUCUUCGGUGUCGAACCUUCCGUUGUUGAGAAGCAGGAAGGUCUCUUUCUGCCAGCGUUCCAGAAGCAUGAAAAAAAUGAGAAGCUAAAGGAAGAGAUGAGCAACUGGAAAAAUGUUUUGCGUGAGGUUGGAAAGAUAUUGGGGUUCAACCUAAAGGAUGCAAAUGAGUAUGCUCUCAGCCAACUCUAG